GACACGAGGAAAGGGGAAGGAUCGAUUGUUCGCCCAGAAUCCCAAUUUGCAGCCGCUCCUGCAUCGGGUGUGCUCUACCAUACACAAGAAAAAUUCUAUUUGGCACAGCUCCUCGUGGCGAGAACAUCGUGAUGUGUUUCAAUCGUAUCGUGUUUCGUGCCGCCUGAACCGGGUGUUUCGUUAUACUCCCGCGACGUGACAACGGCCUCUAAAGUAAUUUUCCGUCGCACCUUGAAAAUAACUCGCGGAUUCAGAAGACGCAUGAUCCAAAUUCGAGGUGAACGCCCAAUAUAAUGACGAUGAACGUGAUAACGUCGCUGACGAGGAGGACUAUACCGCAGCUGCAUUACCUGUCUCGUCACGCACAUACCACGAGCAAGGAUCAAUGCGGCGCGUUCGACCUGGUGAUCGUCGGCGGUGGCAUCGUCGGAUGCGCCACUGCUCGCGAAAUAAUGAUGAGACACCCUAACAUGAAGAUGGCCAUCGUGGAGAAGGAGAACGCCCUGGCGAUGCAUCAAACGAUGCACAAUAGCGGCGUAGUGCACGCCGGCAUUUAUUACACUCCUGGAAGCAUGAAGGCGAAGCUGUGCGUGGAAGGGCUGAAACUCUCGUACGAGUACUUUUGCAAGAACAACAUACCUCACAAGAAAGUCGGUAAGCUGAUCGUCGCCCAGAACCCGGCACAAGUCAAGAGGAUAGACGACCUCUUCGAUCGAGGAACGAAGAACAACGUGCCGGAUCUGCAGAUCGUCGAGAAGGACUGCAUAUCGAAAUACGAACCCAAGUGCCAGGGAGAAAAAGCCUUAUGGUCACCGUGGACCGGGAUAGUGGACUGGGCGGUCGUCUGCCGAGCUUUCGCCAACGAUUUCCAGAGGAUGGGAGGCGAGAUUUUCCUCAAUUUUGAAGUAACAGGAUUCGCAGAGACGACGGAAUCGAGGGGACAGAGUCAGCUGGCUCCCAUAUCUGUUCAAUCGAAAAAUCGAUGCAUACCAACGAGAUACGUAUUGACGUGCGCUGGCCUGCAUUCGGAUCGACUGGCUGCAAUGACCGGCUGCGACCCAAGUCCGCGAAUAGUACCAUUUCGCGGCGAGUACCUCUUGCUGAACGACAGCAAGAAGCAUCUCUGCACUACCAACGUGUAUCCGGUACCCGAUCCCAGGUUUCCGUUUCUCGGAGUGCACUUUACACCUAGAAUAAACGGCGAUAUCUGGCUGGGUCCCAACGCUGUCCUCGCAUUUGCAAGAGAGGGCUACAGCUGGUUCCACAUAAAUCUAAGAGACUGCAUUGAAAUGGCGAAAUUCCCCGGUUUGUAUAAACUCUGCUGGCGAUACUUCGUGCCGGGCUGCAAGGAGGUGUUAAAAUCGAUUUUCUAUCCGCUAGCAGUGAGGGAUCUUCAGAAAUUCAUUCCGGAAGUUUCGUACAGGGAUGUCAAGAGAGGACCAGCGGGUGUAAGGGCACAGGCGUUGGACAAAACCGGGAAGCUGGUCGACGAUUUCGUUUUCGACGGAGGUACCGGCAAAAUCGGGAGCAGAGUGGUUCACUGCCGAAACGCACCGUCACCCGCCGCGACCAGUUCUAUGGCGAUAGCAAAAUUUAUUGCCGACAAGCUUGAGAAGGAUUUUAAAUUUUGAGACGUCGACGUGCCUACGUAUCAAGUCAAAGACGAAGAAGGCACGAAGAAAAUGAAUUUUAUACAGAUAUUUUGUAAAACAUUAACAUAUACGCGUAUGUUGUAUCUAUUUCUUUUAUACCACGUUUAUUGUAAUAAAUAUUUUUAGGAAAC